AUGCCACUGCGCAACAGAGCCGCUGAAGUCUACUGGGAUAUCUUUACAAAAUCCUGGAGGAAGGAGGCCGAGAAUUACGCCGACUUGGAGACGGCUUCACGACUUGUCAACUCCGGCGAUCAAUCAUGUUCUCACCAGAAGUGGUUGAGAACUUGUGAAAAGAGAUGGACUGAGCACCACUUUUCGAACAAGAACAAGGCUGCGACAUCACAGGCCUAUCGCUCUUUCGGAGAACUAUUGAAGACGGAAACUUAUUUGAUUCGCUUCAUCUCCGAGCGCGAUGACGUCUUACCCCGUCAAGGAGACCUGAAGCGCCUAAUUCACCAUGCUACCAAGAGAGGCUUCCGAGGUCUCAUCGACCUGUGGAACAACCGGGACAACUGGGCCCAAAAGGCCAAGACGGUGAAUCAGCGAACCGUUGCAACCACAAUGCCCAGCCAUGUCCAACCAGCUGGUGGGAGCCUUGCUCCAGUAGAGCUCUAG